AUGAACACUAGUUCUAGAUCUGUUAAUGGCUUGGGUUCUUCUGUGAAUCCCUCUGGUGGUGAGGAAUUGUGUGUGAUGCCUCCUUCUAUCCCUGCGAUUGCUCAAACAUCAUUGCAGAGUGUUCUUGGAUUUGAGAUGAAUGCGAUGGCUUCUGCGAAGGCUUUGCCUGCUAUAUCGAAUGUUUUAAAGGCUGUGAAAAAAGUUGUUUUUAAUAAUGACGAACCUGGUAAGAGGCAUGAUAAGGGGAUUUAUGAGGUGGAGAACAGGGAUACCGGGAGGGAUGAGAUGAUUGAGGUUCGUAGAAACAAAGGUAAAAUGCCUUUUAGACAGAGGACUGUUGUUCAAGAGGAACAGGAAGCACAAAAGAGGAAUGGAACUGAAAGUGUAGGUGUUUUGCUAGAUGAGGUGGCUGGUAUUGAUGAGGUAGUGCCUAUUCUGAUGGAUGGUAUCAGAAAUAAUGUUACUGAAGUGGUGUUUAAUGCGAAUCUUAUCAGUGUAGAUCCUUUAGCUGAGCCUUUAGUUGAGAGGGGUUUGAAUGUGUCUGUAGAUGAUGAUAUUGAUUUAGAAAGAAGAAAUGAUCCACCAGAUAAAGGUUAUAUGUCUGAUGGUGGUGGUGUUGAGAUUGAGAGACCUAAAAAUCUCACUUUGGAAUUGGAGGAGGAUGAUUCUGAUUUUAAUGCUCUGAAUGAGGUUUCUAGUGAAGUUUCUAUUAGUCUAAGGUCCAGGAAUGGAGCCCUCUUUCUUAUUCAUGAUUAA